CGGUAUGAAGAGGAAGUUGAGUGUCGCUAUUGCGCUGGUGGGUGGCAGUAAGGUGGUCAUCCUGGAUGAACCCACAGCUGGCAUGGAUCCUUAUAGGUAG